AAGAAAACUACAGUAAAGAGGAAAAUUCAAAUUACGGUUUAUCAGAAGAAGCCUCGCACCAGUCACCAGACACCAGCAGUCUACUCCACGUGGUUGGAAACACACUGUUCCUUUUCUCUCCCUAUAAACUCUCACUUUCAGUGUCUUCAUCUAUAUAUAUAUAUAUAUAUAGCUCAAUCAAGACUAGGUAAGCAACGGUGGUUUUAGCGUUGAAAGCCUCAAACUUGCUAAACAGAAUACAGACUUAGAGAGAGAAAAGGUGAAAAUCACUCUGCCCCUUCAAACCCGGAUUUUCGUUUCCCAUAAUACAUUUUAUCUCCUUCUUUGUUGGGUCGCUAAUCCACAAUUCAAGGAAUCCAGACCAUAUAGGUUGCCACAAACCUUUUUCCUUCUCGAAUGGGAAUUUCUUAUUCCUGCUUGUUUGCUGAAUACAGUGAUUUGGAGAAAGCCUUAGAAUUUGUUACUGCAAAAUCUAUUUUGUUUGGAGAUGAUGAAGAGAAAAAGUCUGCGCAAUCAGUUAAUUUUGGUAGUCAAGAUUUGGAGCCCAAGAUCAAAUCUUUGGGUUCUGAGAGGAUGUUAGUGGAAAGAUCUGUUAGCUUUAAGAAGGAACAAUUGGAAAAUAGGAUGUCUAAUAAAGAUCUUUCAUUGGAGAAAGAAAAUGAUGCUGCAGUUACAUCAGUUAGUACAAAUAGCAAAUCGAAGGAUGAUCAGUCCCAAAACUUAGAUAGUGAUGUAGGAACGGUCCAAAAAUCACCAAAUUUUGAUCCUGCCAACCCCAAACACCAAGCUGCUGUAAAAUUGCAGAAAGUGUACAAAAGUUUCAGAACCAGGAGAAAGCUUGCAGAUUGUGCAGUUCUUGUUGAGCAGAGCUGGUGGAAACUUUUAGAUUUUGCUGAACUCAAGCACAGUUCUAUAUCAUUCUUUGAUAUUGAAAAACACGAAACUGCCAUUUCGCGUUGGUCAAGAGCAAGAACAAGAGCUGCCAAGGUUGGAAAAGGUUUAUCAAAAAAUGACAAAGCUCAAAAACUUGCUUUACAACACUGGCUUGAAGCGAUUGAUCCACGGCAUCGAUAUGGACAUAAUCUACACUUCUAUUAUGUAAAAUGGCUUCAUUCUAAGAGCAGAGAACCUUUUUUUUACUGGCUAGAUAUAGGAGAAGGCAAGGAAGUAAAUAUUAUUGAAAAGUGUCCUCGAUCAAAACUUCAACAACAGUGCAUCAAAUAUCUUGGUCCAAUGGAAAGGAAGGCCUAUGAAGUUGUUGUGGAAGAUGAGAAGUUCAUUUACAAGCAGACAGGGGAGCUCCUGCAUACCACUGAUGAUGCCAAGUGGAUUUUUGUCCUUAGUACAUCUAAGACCUUGUAUGUUGGCAAGAAAAAGAAAGGUACAUUCCAGCAUUCAAGCUUCUUGGCUGGAGGAGUCGCAACUGCUGCUGGUAGAUUAAUCAUUGAAAGUGGCAUUCUUAAGGCAGUUUGGCCUCACAGUGGACAUUAUCGGCCUACAGAAGAAAAUUUUAAGGACUUCCUUUCAUUCCUCCGAGAAAACAAUGUGGAUAUCACUGAUGUAAAGACAAAUCCAGUGGAAGAGGACGAAGGCUUGCUUGAUAACCUAAGAAGCAGUAGACAUAUUAGAAGCCACUCAUCUGAAGAUGACUUGAUCGAAACUGUGAAUAACCUUGAUGUUGAAGAAAUCAAUGCCGAAAACUUAGCACGAGAGAGCACUGAUUUGAUGGAAGAUGAGACUUCUGUGGUAGUGGAAGAACAGCAGCCAGUCCACAACUUGAGUAGGAAGUUGACCAAUCUUGAAAUUCCGAAGAGGGAUGAAUGGUUUGACGGCUUAGUGAGUGAAAAUCCAACUGCUGGACCAAGUGGCAACAAUGUGUCUGCAGACUCUCUGUUAAAAGAUGGUUAUGAAUCUGCAAAUGAGAGGUUCACUAUAGAACAGGGUGACAAGGUUCCAAAGAAAAAGUUUGAUGAAGAUGAAGAUUAUGAUGUAGAAGACAUCCCCAAAGAAGCAAUCCUCCAAAGGAUUAAUUCAAAGAAGGGAACAAAGUCAUUUCAGUUGGGUAGACAGUUGUCUUGCAAAUGGACAACAGGAGCAGGGCCACGUAUAGGCUGUGUUAGGGACUAUCCCUCAGGGCUCCAGUUCCAAGCUUUGGAGCAAGUAAACUUGUCUCCAAGAAGGAUUUUCCACUCAAAAAGUAUCAGUUUGUUCUGCCAAAAAGCCUCCCCACCAACUGGAUUUGGUGGGGAAACAGCUGUGACCUUUGAUCUACCAAUGCUUAAAAAGGGGAAUCUAAUGUAUGGAAGCCUUCCUCACUCUAGAACACUGUCCGAUCUACCAAUGCAGGACAUCAAUGCUAGCAGUAAACAAAUUGCCAUUAGUGAGAAUUAGUUUCUAAUUGAUUUAUUCUUUUUUGUGAAUAGAAAAGAUGAUAUAGGGAUUCAUUGUCAUUCUUUUUGUUUUCUACCAUGGCAAAAUCAUUUUAUACAUUUUUCCCUUUUAGUUCAUCUUGUACAAUAUGAGAUGAUACCUGUAAAAUCUUAUGGGGAUUUGAAACCCCUUAAUACAAAAUAAGAUAUUCUUUCAUUUUCUGGAA